AUGAUACAUGGUACUCCUUUCCUCCCCGGGGUCUACCUUAUAUAUGUAUCUCCUUGUCUUUAUUUGGUUUCCUUAACCUGUGCUGCAUUUCUCUUACCAGGGUUUAUCAACUUAACUGGAAAUCUUUCCAACACGAUGGAGACGAUGGAGACGAUUGCUUCGAAUGACCGGGUCAACCAGCGCCGCCAAGGGCUGUCAUGGUCUCUUAGCUUCCGGUCUUCCACAAGGAAAAGACCCGGCAGGAUUGUGAGACCCUCUACCCCUCCACCGACCUGCGAGGAAAGAGUCCAUUAUCCGGUCUUCAACCCGCACGAUCCCCGACAUAACCCUACGGUCAUCCCUCCUUCUUGGCUCCGCGGCAGCUACAGUCUGUCCGAAGACUCGUCCAGUACACACACUUCAGGUCGCUGGCACAGCCUAUCUGAGAGGUCCCUCCGCAAAGCACGGUCUGGGCUUGACGCGAUCAGGUCGGGAAUCCGCAGGCGCCCAUCCGUUGAUCAGCGAGGUCCCCGUCGUGAUCUUCCCGGAUUGUGGAUGUCAACCGACUCACGUGGAAGUUCUAUCACCCGGCCAGACGGCUCUUUCCCAUCGACCAUCUCGGAAGCCAGCACUGAUGACGAAUUCGAAUUCGGAACUGAUCUUUAUCGGACGCGACCCAACGGCUCUUCCAAGUGGAACCUCGAGAUUGUCAACAGAUACCUGAACGAGGUUGGGUCAUCGCACGCGCUACCCCCUGAUGUCUACACUGAUGAUGUGGAGAUUGGCCCCGCCGGUUCACGAUUAGAAGGAGAGACCCUGAACAAUCUCAGCGAAGAGGAUUCUGAAGCGACGAGACUACCAUCCAAGACGCAGACAAUCAGAUGGGAUGAUCGCGUUCAAUCCGGCCGGAGGCCUUCCCUCACCUCGGCUUCAAGUUCCGUCAUCUCGAGCAGGGCAUCAACUAGCUCCGAUGAGUCGACCCUUUCUCAGCUCAUCAAUGCUACCCAGGCUUUUGAGGCACUGUGUUCCAUCGACGAGCCUACAAAGAAUGUACCUGAAAGUUCGGACGUUGAACGCGAUGCUAACGAUUCGUUGCCUGCCACAUCUCAAGGCAGUGCCGAAGCCCUUCCAGAAGGGACUGCAAGUCAGAGCAACUGGUUUACCAUGACCAACUCGGAGGAAGCUGACAACCAGUCAAGAAGCGAUAACGGAGAAACACCCGCAGACAAACCGUCGCGUGAAACCAGUCGUACCAGUUCGAUGAACGCGUCCGGUGGCAGUAACUCCUCUACUGGCCAGGGCGACCGAUCUAGACAUUCGACUUGUCAAAGCGAUAGCACUGCACCUACUUCGCGUACUCAAUCUAGUUGUUGGACUCAUAGCGAAGGGAAUACUAGCACGCCGCCUACGUCGUAUACUCAAUCCAGGCGUUCAACCAUUCAAAGCGGAGGGAACGCUGGCGCGGCGCAUACAUCAUGGUCAAACGCGUCGUCUCCGGUCGGGCAAGAUGACGUACUUUCUCUGCUGUCCAUGGGCCCCGGUGAUGAAUAUUUUGGUGUCGACGCAAAAUCAAACGGUUUUAAUCCGGAUCAAGGAGCUGCCAUCAAAUCGGAGCGAGUGUUUCUUCACGAAGGAAGCAUUGACAGCAGUACCGGCCUUGGAAUCCAUCAGAGUUCCUCGGCAAGUGAGCACAAUAAUUUCCAGAUGAAUGGGCCAGUACACGCUGACGAGCUGGACCGUCAAGCGAGCAUCCGAUCUAGGAAAUCGAUUGACUCGACUGACGAUUGUUUCCUUACGUACGCCAUGUUUCAAAGGCAAUAUUCUUCGUGA